AUGGCCCGCUAUUUUAAAGAACAAGACAUAGAUGAGUUCCGUGAAUGUUUCUACUUAUUUGCUCGGUCAGGACAGAUAACGUCACUUGAUGAAUUGACAGUGGUCAUGAGAUCUUUAGGAAUGAGUCCCACUAUACAAGAACUCACUGGCUACUUGAAAGGAAAAGGUGGUAAAAUGUCUUUUGCUGAUUUCUUGGAAGUGAUGCACAUACAUUCCAGAGCUGAAAAUCUACCACAUGAGGUAGUAAACGCAUUCAAAGCAGCAGACAAUGACAAAAAUGGAACAGUACCAGCAAAACAGUUGCGGACUUUGCUACAGAAUUGGGGCGAAGGCUUAUCAGCACGCGAGGUAGACAACAUAUUCCGUGAGGCAAAUGUUUCUAACAAUGGCUCUGUGCGUUAUGAGGACUUUGUGAAGAUCGCUUGCGCGCCUGUACCCGACUACUAUUAA